AUGCAAGCACCAACCGUACCAUUUGCCUGUUACACUCCAUUCUCAAUUGCUCACGAUCUCAAGAAAGAUGCUGAUAUGUUGAGAAAAGCAAUGAAAGGAAUUGGAACUGAUGAAAAAACUUUGAUCACUAUUCUUGCUAAUCGUAAUUGGGAAGAGCGUGCCGGUAUCAUCAGAGAGUACACCACUCAUGUCGGUAGAGAUUUGAUUAAGGAUAUUAAGUCUGAGACCUCUGGUAACUUUGAGAAGGGUUUGGUUGCACUCUUGACCGAUCCAGCCAUCUUUGACGUCGAAGCUUUGAUCAAGGCAAUGAAGGGUGUCGGUACAAACGAAGCCGUCCUCACAGAGAUCCUCGUCACCAGAAACAACGCUCAAAAGGCAAGAAUCUCCCAGAUCUACGCCACCCAAACCGGAAAGUCGUUGAAACAUGCCAUCUCCUCAGAGACUAGCGGUGACUACAAGCACCUCCUCGAAGAACUCUUGGAUCCACGUGACGAGUCGUGGAUUGUCGAUCCAGCACGUGCCGCCGUCGACGCCGAAGCACUCUACCACGCCGGUGAAGGAAAGAUCGGAACCGACGAGAAGACCUUUAUCAAGAUCUUGGCCAACCGUAACUUCCUCCAGAUUCGUGAGAUUGCCAGAAUCUACGAGACCAUCCACAAGAAGCACUCCUUGGAGAAGGCAAUCGAGAGUGAAUUCUCUGGUGAUAUCAGAUCGGCACUCAAAUCGAUCGUUCUUUUCUCACAGGAUUCAUUCGCCUACUUUGCACGUGUACUCCACAAAUCGAUGGCCGGUGUCGGAACCAACGAUGAAACACUCAUCAGAAACGUUGUAUACUGUCAACCAUUCAUCACCGCCGUCUCCAAGGCAUACCAUGUUGUCUUUGGAAAGACUCUCCAAUACGACAUCGAAAAGGAUUGCUCCGGUGACUACAAGAAAUUAUUAAUCGAUAUUAAACAACACUCAAAAGGCAAAAAUUACCGUGAUCUACCGGUCAAAGCCCAAAAGUCUUUGAAUUAUGAUAUUUCCUCAUCAGAGACUAGCGCUGACUACAAGAAUAGCCUCGAAUCACUCUUUGAGUCACGUGUCGAGUCGUGGAUUGUCGAUCAAGCAAGUGCUGGUGUCGACACUGAAACCCUUGUACAAAUCCGUUGA